AUGCCUCCGAAGAAGAAAGCCGCUACUGCCACUGUCGCUACCGACGCGUCCGACGCGUCGAAACCCCCUUCACGCGCCACUAGGGCUAGUACUCGCGCCCGUGCCCCGUCGUCUAAGGCACAGGCAGUUGAUGCCACAUCAACUGCCGCCUCGACAGAUAAACCCGCUACAAAGGCGAAAGGAAAACGCGGCCGAGCCGCCGCUCACGAUUCAGACGCUGACGAGCCAGACGCGAAGAAGGUAAAGACAGACACUGCGCCAGCCACAGACGCGUCUCAGGGGGUUGCAUCCGUCUCCCCCGACGCGUCGCAAGAUGCGCCGCCUGCGAAGAUGGUCACCGUGCUCAAACGCGGGGCUGCUCCUGUAGAUCCAUGCUCCGGCAUGGUUGAUACACAUCAGGUUCUUGUGACCGUGGAUGAUGUUUGGGAUGCAACACUUAACCAGACCGACGUUGGGAAGAAUGCGAAUAAAUUCUAUGUCGUACAGGUGCUGCAUACUGUAGGGAACACUGAGAACUGCACCCUCUUCACGCGGUGGGGCCGUGUAGGCGAGAACGGCCAACAGCAGAAGAAGGUAGGGAGGGGCCCGUUCGGAUCUUCAUCAGCGGUCAAUGCAUUCAAAGCGCAGUUCAAGGCGAAGGCGGGCGUCGAGUGGUCUCAGCGGCAUGGUAUGGUUGCCAAGAAAGGGAAAUAUCAAUGGAUUGAGCGCGUAUUUGAAGACGAGGAGGAGACUAAGAACGACAACGCAAGUUCCUCCAAGAAAGAGGAGGAACCCGCUAAAAUACCCGACUGCACGCUUCCCACAGAAAUUCAGAUACUCUCCGAAGUGAUUGACCAACCGAAUGGAGCCACAGCUCAAGAAUACGGAGGCUUCCGUUCCGCUGUGAACGAACUCACUGGACGAUACUACUCCAUCAUACCGCACGUAUUCGGCAGAAACAGGCCCACCGUCAUCGACAGUUCGAUGCUCCUGAAGCGGGAACUGGAACUAGUAGACGCACUUGGUGACAUGGAAAUCGCCUCGAAACUCAUUGCGUCUUCGACUCCGAAAGACGACGAGGGUCGACCGAUCAACCCGUUGGAUGCCAACUUCCGGUCCCUACAUCUGACAAGCAUGGAUCCCGUCGCUCCCGGAAGCAAGGAGUUCACAGCCUUGGAGAUGUACACACGAGACACCCAUGGCGCCACUCAUCAGCAUUACCAGGUGCAGGUGCAAAACGCGUUCCGCGUCGAACGGCAGGAAGAAACCGAUGCCUGGAUAAAGGCUGGCCAUGACAAAGUUGCUGAUGGAGACCGUCUCCUGCUCUGGCACGGAUCUCGCACGACCAACUUCGCAGGUAUUUUGUCGCAAGGUCUGCGAAUUGCGCCACCAGAGGGAUACAUGUUCGGCAAGGGCGUAUACUUCGCUGAUUCCGCCAACUAUUGCCACGCAUAUUUGAGUGACAAUACCGGGAUUAUGCUUCUGUGUGAGGUCGCAGCAAAGCCUGUCCUCGAGCAGCAGCAUGCAAACUAUCACGCCGAUGUGGACUGCAAAGCGGCGAACAAAAUGUGCACGAAAGGCCUGGGUCGUACGCAGCCUGCGGAAUGGCAAGACGCUGGUAACGUCUUGGAGAACGACGCUCUGAAAGGCUGUCACAUGCCGAAAGGUCCUGGAAAGGACGUUGCCGACGCCAAUGUCUCACUGCAGUACAACGAGAUCCGCGUGCGCUAUCUCCUAAUGGUCAAGAUGGGUUGA